AUGUCGAAUAGUUCAUAUCGUAAUUUUAUACUAAGACAAUAUUUUAUUGAUUUACUGAACAUAUCGCAUACGUCUCUUGUUCGCUCAAUGGUUUACAGUCAUCAUAUAACCAGUAGAUCCAUACAAGUUAAAAAUACAAGAAGAAAACGUUCAAAUGAUGAUACAUCAUCAUCAUCAUACAGUCCUAUGUUUACUUUACAAUCAAGUAAUUGUUUUGCUGUUGAUAAACAAGUUCAAUCAACAUUUAUCUGGUCUCAUUCCAUCGAAUAUUUAACAACCAUUGAACUUAUCUAUCAUAUUGAUACAGCAGAGAUAAGUCGAUUUUCAAUUCCGGUACAAAUACGAUUUAAACACUCGCAAACUUCGAAAGAAUUUUUCACAAUAAAUACUCAUCUACAAUUUGAUUCUGAUCGAGACUUUUAUGUUGUUAAUAUUUAUCAAUAUAUAGUUCAAAUAAAUAAUCAAAGCUUAAUUAUUGAAUCACUGAUAAAUAAUCAAACAUGUCAAACAUCAAGUACAUAUAUAAUAAUAUCGUCGGCCACCACUAUUCGAUCAAAAUCGAAUCAAGCAUUAAAAUCCAAUUCUAAAUUUUCAUUGGAUACUUAUCAACUAAAGGAAACACAAACUGAUAAAUCAUCAUCGCUGUGUAAAUUAAAAACAGUUCAAAUUAAAUUUGAAGAUCUUGGCUUAGCUUAUUUAAUUAUUCGACCAAAAGAAUAUAAAUUUACCUAUUGUGAUGGCUCUUGUUCCUAUUCAACACUGCAACAGCAAUCGCAAACAUCAAUGCACGCACUUUUAAAAUCCAUUCUCAAUAGAAAAAUAACUAAUAUUCCACAAACUACAUGUGUACCAUCAAAAUUUGCUGACGACAAUUUUCUUCUUCGACAAAUGGAUGGUAGCCUUGAAAUUCAUCCUAUUAAAGAUAUAAUUGUCAAACAAUGUGCUUGCCUGUGA